CUCGUAUAAAACACUGGUUAUUAUGGUUCCGCGGUUUUAUUAUUGUCAUGCCUCAUCAAGUGAUGUGGGUUUUUAUCUUCCACAUGAGACAUAAGAAAACAUCAAAGUCUAACAUGACAUGAAGCCACUCGCAACGCAACGGAUAGUAUCAUCUCGCUAAUUGAAGGAAGACGAGAGACCGAGCGAACUAUAAAAAAUACAUUUCUCGAUCUUUUAGCUAAGAUAAAGUGCAUUUCUCGGUUUUUUCGAGAUUACUAACUCAUGGAGUACUACUAGCUAGUCUCAAUAGGAGCCCUGAUCUUCAACAUUCAUAUUGAUUAGUUCCAUGUCACCUCUUUGUGGAUUAAAUAGUUCCUUAGAUUUGUUGGUAACCCAAAAGGUGCACUUUCAACUGAAAUUUCUACUUGAUGCUUUGAUGUUGCAUAGCAUAAAUGGCACACUUCUUCAACUACAUGUUAAUAGUUUCUGCCAUCUCAGUUACUGAUUAAAAUUUCUCUGGUGCAGACGUGCAGUGGAAUUAGCAACGAGGAAAAGGACCACCUUCAGAUUUUUUUCUAAACCUAUGUGACACAACACCAAAAAAACAAAACUUCCUACAUUCAACUAACUUUCUAGGGCUUUCUAAAGAACUCGUACGAAGUAAAUAACUUCUGAUGACAAUUGUUGUCUCUCGGAAAUAAAGGCAACUUCCGACGACUAGGAAGAGAGCUCUUGGAAAUGAAGAAAACUUCUGACGGCUAGAAAUGUUGUUCUCGGAAGUUAAGGCAUCUCCCAGGCGCGUCCGUUCAACUCUUAGAAGUUAGGGUCUGUUUGGUUGGGCUGUGGCUGUUAAAAAAGUUGCUGUGGGCUGUGAGCUGUGCAAAAAGCCGCUGUAGGCUGUAAGCUGUUAAAAAGCUAAAAAUCGUUAAAAACCGUUUGGUGAAAACCACUAAAAGUCGUUAAAAAUUCUUCGAUAUAUGUUUUCACAAUUCCAUCCGAAAAGCCACUAAAAGCAGGUCCAGGGGUGCUUUCAGAUUUGCACUACAAGAAAGUCGGCUUUUAGAAAAAGUUACUUCCUGGAUCCAGCUUUUUGGUUGGCUUUUGGCUUUUAGGGGGGCAAAAGCCAAAGCCAAAAGUCAAACCAAACACACCCUAACUCCACUCGUGGGCAAAUGCGACUGCGAGGAGGGGUUGUGGAUCAUGUGGAUGUGGGGGGGGGUGGGGGGGGGGGGGGGGGUCGAGGAGCUCGUAUAGUAGCGCCAGCUGUCCGGCCACGAGCUCGCCUCCGAGGCUGGGACGAGACCAGUGCCCGGGGGCCACCCGCGCCCGCCUGUGUCUGUGUCUGUGGCUGUGGCCCCCCUAGUUUCAAUUUGAUGGCAUGGGCUGCCGCUGCGCAGGGACACACACGGCACGGAGCACUGGAGCAGCGCCACGGCACGCCGACAAAAAAGCGCGUCGCCUUCGCCUCGCCUGCAUGCUGCUGCCCCCUCAACCGCGUGUAAUGCUGCCACUUGUUAACUAGCAGAGGGAGUGAAAGUGGGAUGCAACAAGCUGGAGUAGUAGCUAGCAAUCCACAUGUGCGUUUUAAUGG